AUGGACCACCCCAAAAUUGAAAGACGCUGCUGCCUAACUCCGUGUAUCGCGCUCUGGGCGUCGCCGCGACAGCUCGACGUUCUAUGCGUUCUUCUCGACGACCGCGGCCACUCGAACACCAUCGAAAUCACCCAGCCGCUGCAAGUCGCCGGCCAACUUGGAUCUGGCAGCCGCAGACGAGUGGGCAUGUGGGCCUCAGCAGCACGCCGUGGCAUGAAGUUGGCCGGUGCGACAUGCAGCGGCUGGGCGAUUUCGAUGUUCGAGUGA